CCCAACGGAAAGAAUAUGAAUUAAUGAUACUGAUCUCUCCACGCCUCUGUUUCUUGCUUUUCUGCGAGGAUAAGAUAAUUAAGAAGAAGAAGAACCAAAACGAAAGAUUGAGACAAAUUAAGCAUCAAAUUCGAUAGAAUCCAUGGCGAUGGGAAGUGUGUUUAACCAAGAAACCAGAACUGGAGCAUUUUUCAUGGCCACACUGCUCAUUUGGGUUUUCUCAGUUUUGUGGGAAAUACUAAUUAACAAGCGCAAGGAACUGUUCUCAAUCGUUCUGGGUUUCAUUUUCUACCAAUCGGCCAAUUGGGUCAUCCCCAAAUUGCUGCGAAAUCGCGAUCCCCUCUUUGUCAACACCUGUGUAUCUCUUCUCCAUUCAUCCACUACAUCUGCUUCAGUGCUCUUCAUUUUGGUCAAUCAGUCGAUGCUUUCAAAUGGGGUAAAUGUAAAUCAGAUGUUUGAACAUUCACAGCUUGUUGAACAUACAUGGCCAUGGGCAAUUACAGCUUUGUGCUUUUCGUGUGGGUAUUUUGCUUAUGAUCAAUUGGAUAUGCUCCUAAAUCGAUUGUACAGCGGAUGGAUUCCUUCGAUUCUAUUACAUCAUUUCUUACUCCUUAUCUGCUUCACACUUGCCUUGUAUCGAAAUGUCGCAAUCAAUUACCUCAUUCUUACUCUCAUUUGUGAGCUGCAUUCUGUGUUUCUGCAUCUGCGUAAAGUACGGAGAAUGGCGGGUUUUCGUGAUUGCAAUGGCAGCAUUUUUGUAAAAGUGGAAUGGGUUCUUAACUGGGCGACUUUUGUUCUAGCAAGAGUUGUGUCUCAUAUUCUCAUUACUGUUAAGCUGAUAAGAGAUGCUUCAAAGUUUGAUAAAGGUGGUGUGGAGCUCCCUCUUGCCCUUUUCGGUAUGGCUGGGAUGAAUUUGCUUAAUACUUUCUUAGGAAUCGAUCUCUUUAAAGCUUACAGGAGAGAGAUGAAUCCUCAGAGGAGUCGUCAAAAUCAUCAUGAUUGAUAAUUCCAAUUGAUAGGACAUCAAAUUGAUCAAGAAACCUCUAUUGUAGAGUGUAUUUUAGGAGUUGUGUUGGGAGCUUUGAACUCAAGUAUUAUGUCUUUCUUUUACGCGUUUUAGGAUAGUGAAAGAUAAAGACUUUGUGAGAUAGGGUAUCGCGAACCUCUCCUAUUGAAUUGUGAAUCUCAUAUUUGAAUGUUAA